CGCGGCCCAAUCCCCGACCAGACUCGUCGCUCCCUGACCCUUCCCCUCCAGCGCCGAAGCCCUAACACGCAGCUCCGGCGGCUCAGCCCGCAGUCCGCCCCCUCGCACCUUCGUCCCCAGCGCGCGCGCACCCCCACGGACGGCUCACCGGCGAGGCGCAGCCUCCUACGACCCCCCGACGAAGCAGGCGGGGAGCCCGACGCUGCCCCACGCGGCCUUGGCCAGAUGACGAGGACCAGCGGCGCGAACGGCGGCGGGCAGCAGGGGUCCGGGAAGCUCCCGCGGAAGCGCUUCUACCGGGCGCGCGCGCACAGCAACCCGCUCAGCGACUCGCACUUCCCGAUCCCGAUAUCGCCCGACGACGUCGACCUCUCGCAGCACUACCCGCGCUACUUCCCGGCCGACAAGGGCGAGCACGGUGAUGGGGACGGGGACGCGGAGGCGCCCCGGAUCCGCUUCGCUGACGUCGGGUGCGGGUUUGGUGGGCUGCUCGUCGGGCUCUCGCCGCUCUUCCCCGACAAGCUCAUGAUUGGCAUGGAGCUCAGGGACAAGGUGACUGAGUAUGUCAAAGAGAGGGUUCUGGCUUUGAGAGCAUCAAAUCCAGGACAAUAUGACAACAUAUCCGUUGUGCGCACCAAUUCAAUGAAAUACAUUCCUAACUACUUUGGAAAGGCUCAGCUCUCCAAAAUGUUCUUCCUGUUCCCUGAUCCUCACUUCAAGGAGAAGAACCACCGGAGGAGGGUGAUUAGCAUGCAUUUGCUCGAUGAAUACGCUUACGUGAUGGAAGCGGGAGGAAUCAUAUACACUAUUACUGAUGUAGAGGAGCUUGGUAUAUGGAUGCGCACAUGUCUGGAGAAACACCCACUCUUCGAAGCUGUUCCAGAGGAAGAGAUAAAAGUCGAUCCAGUUGUGAAGCUACUGUCUAGUGCCACCGAAGAAGGCCAGAAGGUCGCGAGGAAUGGAGGGCAGACUUUCCAGGCCAUCUUCAGGCGCAUCUCCUUGCAAGAGGAAUAAGCAAUUUUGGAAGUUACUAAGCUCUUAGCACCAGUGUACUUUCCUGGACUUCGCUAGAUGGAUUUGUGCCAUUUCUAUACAUUUGUGUAGCAUAAUUUCACUAUGCAGUAGUCUUACGUAGCUCUGCUAUCUUGAAUGUUUGGCUCUACUUUACGAAAAAUUCUGGAAGAUUGCUAUGAGUGCACUCUCAAAUGAUGUGAGUUCUCUGGAGUCC